UUCGGAGACAUGGAAUGCCUUGAAGUGGGCUAAGCAGACUGUCACCAGGGUUGCAUACAGUAAUUGUUCUAUGCAUUUGAACGUCCCCCAAAGGGGAGAGGAUAGCAAUGUCACCACAGCCAGAGAAGCAUGGUGACGCAUUGCUUGAAGAAACCCGCCUGCGAUGCCAACGAAUCAACCACUAUUUGGACUUGAUUCCAGCUCGGUUUUAUCUCAGCCAUGAGGUGGCUGCAGGCAAUGUCAAGGCAAAAAACAAGUGGGCCCAUUUGGAUCCUUUCCAGGCAAAAAGCACCACAGAGAUCUUGAAGUCUCAAGGUGGUGCGCAAGGUGGGAAGAACAAGAAUAAGAAGAAAAACAAGAAGUCGGCUACGAGGACGGCUUCGUCCUCAGACCCAACUGAGCCAACAGGACGUGGAGCCCUGGUUGCCAAACUCAAUCGUCGCAUUGAGGAGCUGAAAGAAGAGCGUCGCGUGCGCCAAUCCAACCAGGAUAAGGCGAAGGCUGAAGAGAUUCGCAAAGGAAAAGAGACAACUCCAACUUCAUCCAGGAAAACCAAUACCCUGGAGGGGAAGCGUCGCAAGUUGGAGGAGGAUCCUGAUGCUGCUGAGCCAGAAGCUGGUCGAUUAAGCUUCGAGGCAUCUGGACAGCUACCCUUUGAAGCAGGAGUCGGCCAGCGUGGCCAGAAGGUGAGAAAGCUUCAAGCCGAUCUCCGAAAACAGGAGGCACAGGCAUUGAAGCUCAAAGAGGCAGAGUCUCAGGGAAGAGGCGAAGAUGUGCGGAAGGAGUUUGCGUACCAGAAGGCCUUGCAGCGAGCGCGUGGCGAGAAGGUGCAUGAUGAUGUGAGCAAACUCCGAAAAGUACAAAAGACCAUGGAGAUGAAGAAGAAGAAGGGCCAGGAGAGACAUGUGCACCUUGGACAAGAAGGAGUAAAAACAGAUCACUUUUCUGAAAUCCCUCAGGAGAGAUGGGAGGCAAAGAUCGAAAGCGAUAAGCAAAAGGUCGAAGAACAGCAAGCACAGCGCAAGGAAAACCUCAAAAACAGAGGAACAAAGAAAAAGACAAAGAUGCAACAGAGAAUGGGCUUUGAGGGGGAGCGCACUGGCAAGCUAAAUUCAGGUCCCUACUAGAACUUCCAUUCUCGGAUCCGAAUCUGCAUAUAUAAGUGGC